UGUCUCUCUGCGGAUAGCAUUUCUCUUCUGAGCAGCCUUAGAAUUCUAACAUCUACCAUGCUGGGUGCUGAGAGAGAAAGCACAUGACUUCCUGGAGCUACCAGCCUAAUGAAGACAAAGCAGAUACUUCCCAGAGAGACCGAGGAGGAGCCUGAGACUGUUCCUGGACAUCCUGUGAAUAUCAGAAAAUAUCCUGUGGAGGCAUUAAAAGAAGGGGAUAUGGUGUUCACAUUUGCUUCCAUGGAUUCCAACCAAUCUUCCUUGGAAACAAACACAUCUUGACAAGUGAUCUUUCCUAAGCAAGGACAAAGGUAUUAAAAAGGAUUCCAUCCUCCUCCUCCGUCCUUGUGCCCAAACUCUACUGGUUUCUCAUUCCGUGAGGAUGAUUUGGCGGAAGAAGAUACAGUGGCAGCAGCGUUACCUGUGGGCCCUGGGCUGCUAUAUGCUGCUGGCCAUUGUUGCUCUGAGGCUUUGUCUCAGAUUGAAAUGUGACUUUGAUUCCCUGGAUCUGAAGUCCAGAGAUUUUCAGAGCCGGCACUGUAGAGACAUCUUGUACAAGUCCCUGAAACUGCCAGCAAAGAGAUCCAUCAACUGUUCUCGGAUCAUCCAAGGGGACCAGCAGGCAGUGAUUGAGGCUGUGCUGGACAACCUGGAGAUCAAGAACAAGCGGAAGCCUUUCACAGACACUGACUACCUUAACAUGACCAGAGACUGUGAGCACUUUAAGGCUGAAAGGAAGUUCAUACGGUUCCCUCUGAGCCAAGAAGAGUUAGACUUCCCUAUUGCCUACUCAAUGGUGGUCCAUGAGAAAAUAGAAAACUUUGAAAGAUUGCUCCGAGCUGUGUAUGCCCCUCAGAACAUAUACUGCAUCCACGUGGAUGAGAAAUCCCCAGAAACUUUCAAAGAGGCAGUCAAGGCAAUUAUUUCAUGCUUCCCAAAUGUCUUCAUGGCCACUAAGUUGGUUCGGGUAGUUUACGCCUCCUGGUCCAGGGUGCAGGCUGACCUGAACUGUAUGGAAGACUUGCUCCAGAGCCCAGUGCCAUGGAAAUACUUACUAAAUACAUGUGGGACAGACUUUCCUAUAAAGACCAAUGCCGAGAUGGUCCUGGCCCUCAAGAUGUUGAAUGGGAAGAACAGUAUGGAGUCAGAAAUACCUACUGAGUACAAAAAGACUCGCUGGAAAUAUCACUAUGAGACAAAAGACACCUUGUACGUAACCAACAAGAUGAAGGAUCCUCCCCCUGAUAACAUACCUAUGUUCACAGGGAAUGCCUAUAUUGUAGCUUCCCGAGACUUUGUCCGACAUGUCUUAGAGAACCCCAAGUCCCGACAACUGAUUGAAUGGGUAAAAGACACCUAUAGCCCCGAUGAGCAUCUAUGGGCCACGCUUCAGCGUGCACCAUGGAUGCCUGGCUCUAUUCCCUACCACUCCAAGUUUCACGUCUCAGAUAUGGCAGCCAUUGCCAGGCUGGUCAAGUGGCAGGGCCAUGAGGGAAACAUCAGUAUGGGGGCACCUUAUGCACCUUGCUCUGGAAUCCACCAGCGGUCUAUCUGUAUUUACGGGACUGGAGACCUGCAUUGGAUUCUUCAAAACCAUCACCUCUUGGCCAACAAGUUUGACCCAAAGGUGGAUGACAAUGUUCUUCAGUGUUUAGAAGAGUACUUACGUCAUAAGGCCAUCUAUGGGACUGAGCUCUGAGAUAAACUAUAAGAGGAUUGCUACCUGUGGGGCAAGAGCAUGUGGAUACAUACUUCAG